UUUAAUAUAUGAUUAUUCUAAAAUAAAAUGUGCACAGAAACCAUUGAUGAUGUUGUAUUUGACUGUUGUUGGUCGGUAAAUAAAAUAUGAAAUAAUAUCGAAUAUCGAACACCUCGGUCUCGGUCAGCGGUUGUGUUCACCAUCAGCUGACAGUUCAUCUGUUCAUGAAGUCGUUGUGAUUUUAGGGAUGACAAUUCUUUUUGGUUUCCAGGUUCAUUUGUCAUUCUCUGUCCCGUCUCUGAAGGCGGUGACGUAGGCAGCCGACAGCUUCUGGAACACUGAUUACAGUUCACUGCUGUUGUCGGGCUGUUGGCACGGCCCACUGACACACGGCUGCACCAAUCACCUCCAUCUGACGGGGAUUAAGUGGUGACACGGGUCUCCUCUGGACCACAUCAGAACUUUGGAGAGGCAGGAGAGCCCUGCGCUGACUCCUCCGCUGACUCCUCCGCUGACUCCUCCGUCCGCCUCCGGGCAGCAGCAGCAGCAGCAGCAGCAGCAGCAGCAGCAGCAGCAGCAGCCACAUGGAGAAGUCAAAGAACUUUCGCAUCGACGCGCUUCUAGCGGUCGAUACACCCAAGGUGCAGAGCUCUCCUCUGGCUCUGGUCACCUCCUUGUCCUCCUCCUCCUCCUCCUCCUCCUCCUCCUCCUCCUCGUCCUCUGCGGCCCGGGAUCUGGGCGCCAGCACGGAGUCCUUGCGCGCAGAGACGCCGCCGUCGCCGCCGCGGAUCUCCACCUGCGGGCUCAUACCCAAACCGGGCUUCCUCAACAGUCCGCACGGCAUGGUCGGAUUACACCCGCAGAGCACCGCCGGGAUCCCCGCUCAGGCUCUCUACGGCCACCCCAUGUACACGUAUUCGGCUGCGGCUGCCCUGGCGGGCCAACACCCCGCCCUGUCCUACUCCUACCCGCCGCACGGCUCCCACCACCACCACAGCAGUGACCCCAUCAAACUGACAGCCAGCACCUUCCAGCUGGACCACUGGCUGCGGGUGUCCACGGCCGGGAUGAUGCUGCCCAAAAUGUCCGACUUCAACUCUCAGGCUCAGUCCAACCUUCUGGGGAAAUGCAGGAGACCUCGGACGGCCUUCACCAGCCAGCAGCUGCUGGAGCUGGAGCAUCAGUUCAAACUCAACAAGUACCUGUCCAGACCCAAGCGCUUUGAAGUGGCCACGUCCCUGAUGUUGACAGAAACACAGGUAAAAAUCUGGUUCCAGAACAGACGGAUGAAAUGGAAGAGAAGUAAGAAGGCCAAGGAGCAGGCGGCCCAGGAGGCCGAGAAGCAGAAAGGCUCCAGGAGCGGCCAGGAAAAACGUGAGGCUCUGGACGAGUCGGACUAUCAGAGCAGGGACAAGACGGAGUCCAAGAACGGCAGAAUCCGGGAGUUCAGGGACAGUGACGACGAGGACGGAGAAGGUUUCCUCUACAACUCCUCGGACUGCUCCGACGACGACGACGACAGGAAUCACACCAGCGACGUCAGUCCGCAGCCGUGAACACGCUGCUGCGGCGGACUCUGCAUGUGACGUCACAGCCGGGAUCCAUGAGCAUUUCUGUCCUGAAAGUGUAUGAAAAGGUCAAAAACAAGUCGUCAUCACGUCAGAUUAAAAACAGGACACGGGGCCGCGCCCGAACUGUGAACGCGCAUGGUUUGUCUGCAAAACUGGACUUUGACGAACUGUGUUCCAGCUCCUGCUGUUCUGUAGCCGUGCUCCGAUUGUAGUUCCAUAGUGUGUCAUAUAGUGUGUCAGGCUGUAAACAGAUCGGUUUAUGUUUAUUUUUAUAAAGUGUAUUUAUAUUAAAAAAAACACUCAUAUCGGUGCAUGCUAAAUGGUCGUUUAGCGUCUUGGUGGAAAUAAUGUGAAAUAAUAAAAUGUUUUUUAUAAAAUGCAGUAUGUUCUCACACACACACACACACACACACACAGGUUGUUCUCCUUGCUCUGACAGCUGGGGUCAUGGGAAUUACUGUUAAUAGCGCUGUCGAAUGUGUGCAAACGUGCAGUGAGAACAAACAGCGAGUCUGCAGCAGACAGCAAACAUCUGACACCAGGCUGCCAACGGGCUGCCAUUAAUAAAGCACUUCAGCCUGUUCACCAGCCCUGACACACAACUCCAACAAGGUCAACUGGAGAGAUCAACUAUGUCCAAACACUGGCCCUGGGACCAGGCUUGGCCCGUUAAAGGCAGAGUUGACCUACUUUUUUCACAUCAACAUGUAUUUUAUCUUUAUCACCACCUAGCUAUAUGAGCUAACAUUAGCCAUUUGUUUUUUCAGCUAUCUCUUAGCCCAUUCAAGCUAGCUUGCCAUACGUUUAGCUAAGGCUACAUCGUACUGGCAACUUAAAGCAACUA